GCGGUUCAGAACUGGGUUCAUAGGUAUAUACUUGAAGCUAUCGAUGGGGCGCCGUAAGAUAACGGGUCCCGGCAGCCCAGGCGAUCUAAACCAAAAGUCAAUGACCAGUUCAAUAGUGCCUUUGACGAGAUGAAGCCCCUGUUCGAUUCGAGAUCUGGCGAGAAGAGGGGGGCAUAGAGAGAGGGAGAGGCAUUUUUGGCCCUUCCCUUUCCCCCUGGUCGGUGCUUCCGUCUUCCUCUUUCCCCAGACUAGAUUGGAGAAGCCAUUUGAGCAGGAGAACCGAGGUCGAUCGAAACCAAAACCAACAUUACAUGCUAUGGUACACAGUAGUUGUGUGCCCAGACACAAUAGAAACUGCAAGCCAAAGGGGGGAGGGAGGGGAGAGAGGCGAGCACCCACAGUUCGAACACUAGAAAAAGGCGUACUAUGGACAUCGGCCCACGGGCUCCCGGACCCGAGGCCCUGGCGAUUGGAGGAAAACCCCCUGCAGAUUCCGAGGGGAGGUCGGAGGUCCAAUCAAGAUGCUGCAAGUCUCCCCCACGCUGGCGCCGUGACUUUUGUGAAGUUUUCCUUUCUUUGUUUCCCUCUCCCUCUCAAGCCAGCGGAAGGCGGUCAGACACCGCUCCUGAAGAGUUUUGAGAUUGUGGAGGGGUGGUGUGGACUGAGCCCUGCGAACCUGUGGCUCCCACUGUGGAGUUGUGGAGGGGGAGGCUGUGAACCUUACCCAGGCGUUGGUUCACAUUGGCACAAAAGGAGCCGAAUGCGCAGGAGGACAGGAUAGGACAGGCGAGAGCAAAGCACGACGUGAGGAUAGUUCUGUGUUGUGAGUAUCGGUGACACCGCCUUUCGAGGCAGAACCUCAACAAGGGAAAAGUCAGGACAGGAGGAGCAGGAGGACAGGGUGAGGGGGAUGGAACAACGGGUGUGCUGCAAACCUCAGGAGAACAACCAGACCUUGUGAGAUUCCCUUGACAAGAAACACCAGAGAGUCUUGGACAAUUCCUAUCUCUCCAUCUAUGUGUGUAUGUGUGUGCAUGUGUGUGUGUGUGUGUGUGUGUGUGUGUGUGUGUGUGUGUGUUUGUGUU